AAACAUCAAAAAAAUUCGAAGGGAUUGAUCAAAAACCGACUACUGGCUUUAAUAUCUCUGAAAUUGCAAGAGGCAAUGAAACAGUAAAAAGAACAGACACAAAGCCGAGAUUAUUGUUCCAAACUCCUAAGUCCGCCUAUGAAUCUAGCUUGCGAACUCCCUUAAUUCAUAAAACUAUCAUUAGUGAUGCAAGAGCUGAUAUUAUCGAUUUUAUUUUGAAAUGCUGUAUUCGUCUGCAAUUACCGAUGACAAUUGUCGCGGCCGUGUUACAAUCUUAUCAUAAAUAUCAUAAAUAUAAUAGUAAACGCGAAAUCAACUGGCAUGAACAAUUUAUAGACGAAUUUGGAUUCGAUGACGAACUUUUGGGAAUCUCCUGUAUAUUGAUUGAAAUUGAAAACACCAAAUAUUUCAAAGGAAUUCGAAAAGCUACGAAUCUUGGUUGGAGAUUAAAAUACCCGAAUGUUCCUCUGGAUGACUGUGGCAAACUAAAGAAAACCGUUAAGAUCAUGAUGUCUAACGUCAAAAAUGCAAUUGGUCGGAAGUCACUCAAUAAGACGCCUAUUGACUCAGCAUCGCGUGUAAUUCAUACCUUAAAAGAUGAAUUCGAACCAAAUGCAAACCCAUUAUUCAAUAAGUUUGUGCAAAAUGUUUGGACAAUGAUUAUCAACUGCCUUUAUUCUACUCGCAUAGUAAUGACAUAUAGUUCAGAUGAACUGGCCACGGCGGUUAUCUACAUCACUUCUGGCAACGUUGGAAUUGAUUUGAAAAGAGAUUUUGAUUUUUGCGCUGAAUCUAGUGGUAGCGGUCCUUCAAGAAUCAAAGACGUUAUCUUGGAUAUUGCGACCAUGAAACAAGGAAAUCGAUUUAGCGGUAUUGAGUUGACAUAG